ACACUCGAGGUGGGAGGGAGGGAGGGCAGCAGAGAGGGAGCGAAGUCGCGACUUCAUCAUCAUCAUCCCCCUCGCUCGCUGCUCCGCUCGAGUCGAAGGGGGUACGCGGACAUCCCCUCGGCCCGCAUCGGCCUCCUCUAGUACAGGACCCCUGUGGAAGAGACCCCCCCCCUAGUCUCGGAUACCCUCUCUAAGAACCCCUUUUAGGACUGACCUCGACUCUCGGGGAGCGGGGACGACUCUCUCGGACCCCUGCUGAGGAAGGACAGCCGAAGGUGCCUCUCUCGGACCCCUACCGGACCCCUACCGGACCCCUGCCGGAAAGGGACCCUUCACUUCAAGACAGCUGCAAGUGGGGGUGGGGGGGAGCGGGGGGUGAGCGGAGACCCCGGGACUCCGACUUGCGGGAACCCAGUGCUGCGUGGAGACUUCGGGGUCCGGAACAGGGUCCUGACCCCGCAUCGACCCGGGGGUCCCGCGACCCCCUCGCCGCUGGGAGGAUGAUAUCUCUGCUGCCUAUCCGAUCUCCGUUUCUCUUCCUCGUGGUACUCGCGUUCACGCAGGAACUCUCCUUUACAGCCGUCCGGUCAGGGCAGGGGUCCCGCGGUUCACCGGGGGGGUGCCGGAACGUCCUGCGGGCUCCGAGCGGGGGGUUCACAUCCCCCGGCUACCCGUCGGCGUACCCGGCCAGCGCGCGCUGCCGCUGGGAGCUGCGCGCACCGCGGGGCUUCGUGGUGCAGCUCACGUUCAGCGACUUCCAGCUGGAGUCGCAGGGCGGCUGCCUCUACGACAACAUGACGCUGCUCGACAGCGACGGGCGCGCCCUCGGCACGUUCUGCGGCAUCACGGCCAACCACCUGAGCGUGAACUCGACGGGCAGCUCACUCACCGUGCUCUUCCAUUCUGACUUCACGGUCUUCCAACGGGGGUUCAGUGCCGUCUACCGCCAAGUGGCUAGCAACAUGCUGAGUAAGAAGGCGGUGUUCCGGAAUAACGGCGUGGAUGAGAAUGCGACGUCGCAGGGGAUCCUGAAAAUAAAGGCGUUGACGGUCUGCGUCAAACUUCGCGUCGCCGCAGCGGACAUGGUGCCAUACGAGUAUUCUACGGUCUUCUCCUACCAGAAAAUAUCAAUAAAUGGAAAUUAUGCACUGGGCUUGGAGGUGGUUUUGUUCCCUUCUUCCUCUGUGCAUUUUCACCUUAAAGGGACUGUUUACGGCUUUUUUCUUCCAGAAGAUAAGAAAUUGAGCAGAGACCACUGGCACAAGCUGUGCGUGACAGCCAACACGAGCUUUGUUAAUCUGUUCCUCAAUGGAACGUGCGUUAAUAAUUCCCGAAUUAUUCCGAUAAGUCCCUUGAGUGGGAAUGGAAGCAUCGGCGCCGCUGAAGCCGCGACCACCUCUCAAGUUCCCGGGGGAGGCGGCGGCGCGCCGGCAACGACCACAGCGGGCAAAAUCAAGACCAACAACGGUAACACGAACGCGCCCGGUCAAAUAAAAAAAACACAACCCGGGGCCGACACCGGCAUCGCUGACACCACCUCGGCCAUCACCACCGCUUUCAACACCUCCUCCGCUGCCGCCGUCAACAACAACAACGCGUCCGCACUGCAUUCGCGAGGCGAAGGCCUCCUGUCCCUGGGCCGUGGUCAGAACACGGAUGGCACGUUGACGGAAGACAAGGCCUUCAAGGGGGAGCUGUAUGCGUUCCGCCUGUGGGGCGAGGCUUUCAACGAGAGCGCCGUGGAAAGCGCCGACUGCGAGUCUCCGAGUGGCGCGCUCGUGGACUGGGUGGACGUGCACUGGAACUACUCACAGGGCCUCCUCAUCGAGGACCACAACCUCCCAUGCGGGAACAUGAGCGGCAACGGCUCCCAGCCCAAACCGACAGGAUCUGCACAAACGACGACAUCGCACACCCAUUGCGCAGAUGUCAAUGGGUGCAUCACUCGUCCUACAGCCUACAUCCCGACCUUCGAGGAGAUCAAGAACAUGAACAUCACAGCUGACAACGUGUAUAACGUCGCCCAGGCGCUCUAUGCUCGCACGCAGAAGACGGGCGCCCAGUUCAACCAGGAGCAGCUGCACAUCACAGUGGACACCCUGCAGCGCGCCUUGCAGGUUGGCCUCGUGCAGUCGAACUUGGCCUCGACUAUGUUGGGAGUCAUCAGUAACAUGAUGGACGCACAGGACAGCGAGCUCGCUGCCGUGGCAACCAAGACGCUUCACACGGUGGACUCGUUGAGUCUGAGUCUGAAUGUGUCGGGGAACGCGAGCGUCUGGGCCACACACCUGCUGCUGGCGGUCGCCGAGUCACAGCCCGUGGGGCCCCCACGGCCUCUCGUCUUUGGAGUGGGGCCCCAGAACCAGCAGAGCCAGGAUGUGAUCAGCCAUGAGCUGUCGAGCAACUUGCAGAUGUGGGUGCAGCUACCGGCCGCACUGCUGCAGAGACACAACAGCAGCCGAGCUCACUUCAACCUGUACAGCAAGACGGGCGGCCUCUUCCACGCCCCGGGCCUGGUGAGCCCCGUGAUAGCGGCGACGAUCGGCAACGAGAGUCUGGUGAACCUCACGGAGAAUGUCACCAUCUCACUCUCCUACAACGUCAGCACAGCCACUGGGAUGUCAUACAAGUGUGUCUUCUGGAACUUCAACAAGAACGGAGGUCCCGGGUGGAGCCAGGAUGGAUGUGAGGUCAUCAGUUCUAACGCCAGCCAGACCACGUGCAGCUGCAACCACCUCACCCACUUCGGCAUCCUGCUGCAACUCAACGACGACCCCACACCUAAAGAGCACGAGAUGGCACUGACGUUCAUCACCUACAUCGGCUGCGGAGUGUCCUCCAUCCUGCUCGCCAUCACCCUGCUCACGCACAUCGCCUUCGAGAAGUUGCGGCGAGACUUCCCGUCGCGCAUCCUCAUGAACCUGUGCGCGGCGCUCCUGCUGCUGAACCUGGUGUUCCUGCUGGACCCGUGGCUGGCCUCGCUGGCCAUACCAGGCCUGUGCGUGGCUGUGGCGGCGCUGCUGCACUACGCGCUGCUCGCCUCCUUCACGUGGAUGGGCCUCGAGGCGCUGCACAUGUACAUCGCCCUCGUCAAAGUGUUCAACACCUACAUCCGCAGAUACAUCCUCAAGUUCUGCAUCGCCGGAUGGGGGAUCCCAGCGGUGGUCGUCGGUCUGGUGCUCGCGAUCCAGAUGGAUGUAUACGGACUCGUAGCGUACUCGCGCUCCGCCAACUCCACACAGGACUCAUUCUGCUGGUUCCGGCACAACGGCGAUGCAGCGUUCUACGCGACGGUGGUGGCCUUCCUGGGCGUGGUGCUCUGCAUCAACAUGGCCAUGUUCGUCGUGGUGCUCGUGCAGAUCUGCAGCAUGAAGAGCUCGCGCGGCGCCACCGGCGACUGGCGCUCCGACGUGCUGCGCGACCUCAAGGGCUCCGUGUCGCUCACCUUCCUGCUGGGCCUCACCUGGGUCUUCGCCUUCUUUGCGUGGGGCCCCGCCAACCUGCCCUUCAUGUACCUCUUCUGCAUCCUCAACACCCUGCAAGGAACAUUCAUCUUCGUGUUCCACUGCGCCAUGAAAGAGAAUGUGCGGAAGCACUGGCGCCGCUACCUGUGCUGCGGCCGCUGCCGUCUGCCUGACAACUCCGACUGGAGCCGCACGGGAACGAACUACACGAAGAAGCCGGGAGGCAACCAGGUGACCAAGUCGAUGUCUAGCAACUCGACCAACUCGAGCCAGGUGUCCACGGGGCCCAGCAGCUCCUCGCAGAGCUGCCUCGUGGUGCCACGCCGCAAGAGCAAUGCCGUGCGCUCGGAGCCCUCGUCCACCAUGUACGACAACGGGGAGCCCGUGUACAGCAGCAUCGAGGAGAGCACCAGCAGCGGUGCCGGCCAGCACGGCCAGCCCCUGGCACACCUGCCCAGGGGGGGCGGCGCGAGCUAGCCGACCACGCCACACAACCGCCACUCCCCUCCCCAUCGCACCUCCUCCACAUCAAACUCCCAGCCACUCGUCCUCCCGCCCUCCUAGGAUCUUGUAAAUAUCAUCGUCAUCAUCACGAUCGUUGUAGUCACUUCCGUCGUCACGCCUCCUGCCGUGCGUGCGCGUGUUGGGUGGAGAGGCGGUUGGCGCGCUGCGCUACGAACCCAGCGGCCCAAGUUCCGAUUUCUGCUAAUGGCCACCAACGCCGGUGGCGAAUAUUUUAACCGGUCCAAGGCCUCGCCUAGGUUGACUCGAUUGAAUACCUGGCGCAGUGUGCAAAUAUCAGUAAUGGGGAGACAAAGGCGACCGAGCGUGGUGCUGGCCAUCUACCCCCUGGUGAGCCGUUUGCGGCCCCACCGGUUGAUAGAGGCCCUCGGGGGGACCGCGUGUCGGGGCACUGGCGGCUCAAACUCCACCGCCGACCGGAAAAUCUGCGUGGCUCUAGGGGGGGUACGGCUAAGGGAAGCGGAUGGAGGACUUGUUAGGACUGGCUAGGGGGUCUGGCUGUCUGGGGGGGGUCUGGCCAGCAGACUCCCCGGUGCCCCACAGAGGUCAUGGCCACGGCCCAGGGCUCGUGUGGGACGGUGCCGCACACAGAGACGGUGCUGGGAGCCACGGGGACGGUGCCGGGCAACCCACACCCCCUGCGGCACAGCCGAGGGAGGGAGCAGGGUCACACCGGACUCGUGAACUGAGUUUGAGUUGAGCCGUGGUGUCGGUGUCGAGUGUGCUUUGUGUGUGUGUGGCUGUGUACACGUGUGCGAGCGUGUGCCAUGUCUCUGUACAUAUCGUCCGUCUAUUUAUUUGUGAAAAAUGGCCACGGUUUCCGGGCCAGAGCUUCUCUCACACCGAGCGGGAUUCCUCUCCGGGGGUGUCUGCAACUUCCACAAUCACUCGUCCGUGUCCAUGAUCACUCUUCAAUGCCCAUGGUCACUCUUGUCCAUGAUUACGCUUUAGUGUCUGUGAUCACUCUUCAGUGGCUAUGAUCACACUUCAAUGUCCAUGAUCACUCUUCAGUGUCCAUGAUUACGCUUGAGUGUCUAUGAUCACUCUUCAAUGCCCAUGAUCACACUUCAAUGUCCAUGAUCACUCUUCAGUGUCCAUGAUUACGCUUGAGUGUCUAUGAUCACUCUUCAAUGCCCAUGAUCACACUUCAAUGUCCAUGAUCACUCUUCAGUGUCCAUGAUUACGUUUGAGUGUCUAUGAUCACUCUUCAGUGUCCAUGAUUACGCUUGUGUCUAUGAUCACUCUUCAAUGCCCAUGAUCACACUUCAAUGUCCAUGAUCACUCUUCAGUGUCCAUGAUUACGCUUGAGUGUCUAUGAUCACUCUUCAAUGCCCAUGAUCACACUUCAAUGUCCAUGAUCACUCUUCAGUGUCCAUGAUUACGUUUGAGUGUCUAUGAUCACUCUUCAGUGUCCAUGAUUACGCUUUAGUGUCCGUGAUCACUCUUCAGUGGCUAUGAUCACACUUCAAUGUCCAUGAUCAUUCUUCAAUGCCCAUUAUCAUUCUUCAAUGUCCAUGAUUACGCUUUAGUGUCUAUGUUCACUCUUCCGUGUCCAUGAUCACUCUUUAGUGUCCAUUAUCAUUCUUCAGUGUCCACGAUUGUUCACCCAGGUCGGGUAGUGACCAGUACGUGUAUCAGCUGGACUGGGAAGCGGGAUGUACCCAUCUAAUAGCAUGUGUGACCAUCGGUUAUUCACAGUUCACGCAGACACGCUAAUGAUGCAUUUAGGCUCACGAUGUAUUUAGGCCGAUAGGGAAAGGGUGUUAAAGAGUUGUUGGAACAUCACAGAUUUGGCCAGAUCGUUUCGUGGGCAACUUUAGUUUCCCCGCGGGAAACUCCGUUCCCAGGUUCUGCACGGCGAAGAGCGCUGGGACCCUGCAGGGGCACUUAAAGCUCCGUGCCAAUUCAGAGGAAGGUGUGCGGCCCUCGGGUGAGAGAGCACGCGCUUGCAUACCGCGGGAUGUGGGGCGCCGAUUCAAAUUAAUCACCGCACUUCAGGUCACGAGGGACGUGCUGAGCAAUCGGCAAGAGCGUGCGGCGUGCAGGUCGGUAGAACGAAGAUCGGCUCAUGCCAGACGUGCAAUUGUGCUCUGUAGGGCGGCUCGCAGUUGGAACAUUGCAAGUUCAAAUCCUGGUAUAGAGUGGACCCAGCCCAUCUUGCCACCAUUCAGGGUCACGUUCCCCAAAGCCCUCGAUCAUUACUGUCAUAACGAGCCUCCCAUAAUUAUUCAUUAUUAGGUGGCUUUCUAAAUGUUGUCGGGGUAGGGGGGGGGGUAUGAAGGGGCGAGUAGGGGGGGGCCCCGAGGGGCGAAAUGUGACGUCACGGUUCCCAGCCAAGGCUGAAAACCUAUCGGGCGCUGUGGCCGUGGGGUCGAGCUUGUGUCGUUGCGUAACGUGAAGGCCACGCGUUCAACCCCCCCCCCCCCCCCCAGCGUAAUGCCCGUAAAUUACUCAUAUUUACUUGAUUGUAAAAUUACCUAAAUUAUUACCAUUAAGUGCAUUGCGCUUAUAGCGUCCCCCACCCACCCUCCCGACUGCAGCGUCGUCGCAUCUCGCCCACACCACAUUGUCGUGCUUUACGUCGUCGACGUGCAAGGUGCGAGUUCAUUGCGGGACUCCGACCACCCCCAGACUUUCCAAAGGCCUCUUUGCGGGGACCCCAAUGCCCCGACCUCCACCAGCGAAUUGUUCCAAUCGAACCCUUUCGUUGUACGAGAUUGUCGCUGAAUGAUUCGUAGUUGACUGUGCGUUAGGCCACCACGUAGUCAUGAUUCGGUCAAAUUUCGUGUCGCGAAACCCAUCAUCACCCGACGCAGGUAAAUUCAAUUGUCCACGGGGUGCACGAGCGGUGGUGCAGUGGUUUGCACGCUGCGCUACGAACCCGGUGACCCGAAUUCGAUUCCCGCUUACGGCCAACACCGGUGACGAUUAUCUGAACCGGUCCUGGGCCUCCCCUAGGUCGACUCAGCCUCAAAUAUGUAUCGAGUGCAGUGUAUAAACAUCGACACUCGGGAGACAAAGGCGGUCGGGCGUGGUGCUGGCAACCCACCUCCUCGUGUAGCAUGUCAGCCUUCAUAGGUGCUCGCUAACAGCACUUGUCCCAACAGUCUGUUAAGGCUACAUGGGGAGGUCUUUGUUUCGGCGAGCUCACCAAUGCCGAGUCAAACGCUUUCACCCACCCGCUCACCUCCACACUCACGUCCGUAAUCACCCACCAGCUCACCUCCACACUCACCCACCCGCACAAUCACCUCCUCGCCCACCUGCUCACUCAUGUCCACUCUCACCCAGCGGCAAGUAAAGGAAAACUUCUCACAGGCCAGAUUCGGUGGCGAUGAUGCCACGUUUCGCUUUACACCGCGCUAGGCGUCUUUAAGGAACCCACGAAACAUGAACCAUUACACAAAUGGUAAAAAAUACUUUUAAUCAUCGUGCCGUGAGCUUAAGAGUCGUACCAACAGAAUAACUCUUGCACCCCAAUGCCUGGCAGGGGUUGAGAUAACUCGCAGAAACGCACCCGCAUUGUGAAAAGUCCUUAAUCAAGCACGCUCGCGAACCGACGUGAUGUGUACCGCCGCGGGCUUCGGGGUCGCCAGUUGCACUCAGAGUAGCUGGCGUGUCGUGAAAAGAGUGGAGGUUCAGGGCCGCCCUUGGUCAAUGUGGGAAAAGUUGCAAAGCCCCAAAACCUCCACUUGAUCCGCAAGUCGAGACAAGAAGUUUCAUUUGGUCUGUACCACCAUGGGGGGCAUCACUUCAGUGGGUUCCAGCUUCUGUAUGCGGCCAACAGCAGCGAUUUGAGUGCAUGUGCUACGGGCGCUGUAUUUCUCAUGGUGCCGCACGGCAAUUGCCAUUCAGGCGCUGUAGAUGCUGUCCACAGACAGCCGGCAGUCAUUGCAGUACGUUAAGGAGGGGGGGGGGGGGGCAAUGAUUACUGCUGCUGAGCAAUCCCAAUCCAGUAACUUGCAGGUAAAAGUUCAAAAUUGGACCGCCAGGGCGGAACAGCCUGCUACUCGUUGCGAACGAUGGCACGGGAUCGUUGACGUCCACUCUGUGGCCGAGGGUGCCUCGUUGCAUUUUUACGAUUAAUGCACACCAUAGCAAUAUCCAGGGUGGCCCAAGGAAUUUGAACCGCGAAUCCUCUGCAACAGAUGGCAUUGCCGCCCUCAUCAAGCAGUGACCAUCUGACCAGAGCUGGUGGUUAAAUACCCACCUCCAAUUUGCCAUGUAAACGAAUAGGAAAGUCGCAGCUGGAGGUUUGCCACCCUCGGUGGGGCUGAACUAGAGGUUUCUGGGGCCCACGGACUGAGCAGUUUGCGUGCGGAGUGGGGGAAAGGUAAUCUACCCGUCAAACUAAUCCUUAUUUAAUCGAUUAUCGUACUGUAGGUUAAUAUGAGUGCAAUUCCUAUGAAAUAUGAAGAGAGCUAAGCUAGAGAUAUUUUAUUUUCUGAAAGCUGCGUUGCUUGGUUUGUCUGCAGAAUCUACAUAGGUGCCACCCCCCCCUCUCCAUCGAGGGAAAAGGGGGGCUGUGGUGCCAGGUUGGAAUCUGUGAGCGCUGUUAUUGUUGUGAUGUCAAUAAACCAGGGCAUUUACAGCCA